AUGAUCGCCGCUCGCUCCAUCGCAGUCCGCCGGAUCGCUCUUCGAGCUCCUAUGGUCAUCUCUAGGAGCUACGCUCCCGACUCCAGGCAGGAGGGUGCUACCGGCUCAUCCAAGGGCUUCUCCCAGCGCGAACAGGCUGAGGAAGGGCAAUACAUCCGCAAGCGGGAGCAGGAGCAGCUCAAGAAGGCCCAGGAGGAGGCCAAGGCGGCUCAGGCGAAGGCAGACGACCUCCAGAAGAAGUUCGACGCGUCGAACACUUCACCGGAGAACGAGACAGCAGCUGCGAUACAUCUCGCAAGCGAGCUCGAUGGAUCGACAUUCAAGUCGAGCAAGUCGAUCGUCUCCGCCGCCAAGACAGCUUUCAACCCAUUGCAUAUAGGAGGUCUAGUUAUGAACGCUGGGCGAGGGGGUGGAGGAGGUGGGGAAGCCGGGCCAUCCAAGCGUUCAGGUAAUACCACCGGAGAGCGCAAGCCCAAGAAGAAGAAAGCCAAGGAUAUAUCCAGACCUUCCGGCUCGGGACCCAUCCCUGCACCUUACCUCGCCAUCGCUCCCUCUCCGGUAUCCUCACUGGGCCGCAAUGCCCUUCAUGACCUCGUACUACCCGCCGCCAACCACCUCGUCCUCCCCUCUACCUUUGUCCGAGCGAGAUCAUCCGCAAAUGUUCCAGAGGCACCGGCCCCAGGACCCGUCCCCGCGUCGAGUCGCCGAGGAUAUGCAGCAAAUCUGGCGGCUCCACCGCUCAUCAUGCCAGGCGGUACGAGCGCGACACCUCGAAUACAAGAGUUGCCGGCAGCUCCGACAAGAAGAAGGGGAGAUGGUCGGCGGAGGAGUGAAGAGGGGCUGAGAGUAUUGGCGCAGGCGAAUCAAAGCAUGGCAUCUUUGGGCGCAUUGGGACGCAUCAUGGAGAGCGAUCCCACGACACAAGGGGAGCCUGUGCAGAGAAGACGGCGGAGGGUCGUUAGGGCAGAUGGAGGGGUGAGGGAGCAGCCAACGGUGUCUACCAGGGAAGAGGGACGAGCGAUUGGUUUGGCUCGAGGAGCGAGCAUGCGCAGAUUGAGUGUAUGGGAUGGCCUACCCGAUUCCGGUGAAGCACCUCCGCCCUUCGUCGUACCUCUCCCAAGACCACCAGGGCCGGCAGCUUCGCCACCGCUCAUCGAUGAGGAUGAUCCGCCACCUCCUUUCGAAGCGCGCGGUAGAUCACCCCCGCCGACGUGGGAACAGGCUACCGGAAUAGCCCCUCUCGGACCGGCGGUCCCUGUGGCCUCAGCAGCUGCUACGCCUCAGGUCACGAUCGAAACAGCGUCUCGCCCAACCUCGAUUCGUUCUAUACCGUCCUCUCCUGGCACACAGUAUGCGUCGGCUCAAGAGAGUCAAGCCAGCGGCAGCGAGGACGAGCCGAGUGAGCAGGAAAGGGAAGAUAGGCGGCUGUGGAACGCGGAUAUCUCGUCAGGAUAUUCGCUGGUCCAGCGAGUGCAGAGGGAGGAGGCUAGGAAGCGCAGCAGGGAAGUCAAGGAGGUCGGGGAUACGGAAGGGGAGACAGAAGAUGUCGGAUCUGCCGCUUCAGGAGACGUGGCUGCGACAGCCCCUGCACGAGCGUCACCCGUCCUCCCGGGAACGUCACCAGCAGCACCCACCGAGGUAGCUGGCCCGUCACCAACCCCGGGAACGCCCUCCGCUCCCAUUAUGGCCAUACCAGAGAGGGAAGUCAUCGCCCCAACAAGUCCAGCGCCCGCGCCGAAUCCGCCCGCGGCCGAGGAAACGUCCAACACCACAGCGGAGCCAUCAUCAGCCGAGAGCGCCUCAACAUCACCUGCUGCAGUCAUCAUAUUGGCCCCAGCGCCCCGGACCACCGCACCAUCGGUUACUUCCUACCCUUCCGCUCCUGCAUCUAGCGUGAGCGCGGCGCCCUCGCGAUCUUCAUCAAUCAUGAGGAAAUCCCGGCGAUCGACCGGACUAGCUGCUCUGUCCGCUGCUCCAGUUUCCGCACCUGACUCGGUCAACUCCACUGCUGGCGCGACACCUAUCGCUGGCCCAUCCUCAAAUGUGGCGGUUGAGAGACCCGAAUCGGUAAUUCGGACGCGUAAGCGCUCCGCAAAGGGCAAAUCACCUAGCGUCGCUAUAGCUACUGCGCAGACAUCCGCAGUGCACACGGUCCCAGCAACCGCGUCUACAUCGCCGGCGGACGUACAGGAGUCCCAGGCGGAGACGGAGAGCUCAUCAGCGGGCCGGGUAGCUGUCGAUCCUGUGGCUGCUUCGGCCUCUUUACCGCCAGUCUCAGCGGCUGAGCAGUCCCAGGCGGACACGGAGAGCCCACUGGUGGGUCGGCCAACUGUAGAGACUGCUGCCGUUUCCGCCUCUCAGCCGGCACUGUCAGCGGCUGAACAGUCCCAAGCGGACACCUAUCGCACCCUCACGGGCCGGCCGGCUGCUGUACCCGUUAUCGGAUCGCCAUCUUCGUCCCCGAAGCUAUCGCCGGCGGAGCAAUCUCAAGCGGACACGUAUCGCGCGCUCACGGGUACAUCAGGUCCCGGUCAGUCCAGCCCGCGCGCUCCAGCCACACCCGACCCAUCAGAGUCUCCUCGUCCUCCGUCAAGACCGUCACCGGACGCGCUCGCCUCUGUCAGGGAGGGGACCGAGGAAUCGUCCUCUCAGGUUGGGAGUGAUGUCGCCAUCGCUCCUGUACCUAAGCGGAAGCUCACACGCGGAAAGGCGAUUCGGCGGUCAUCCUCUGGGUUCGGACUGCCGGGUGCCGAGGCGGUCACGAGCCCCGAGUCGCCUCGUCGGCCACUCUUUGCGGAUAAGCGGUCAGACUGGAGGUCCACGGAGGAUGUACACACCACGCAGGGCCAUACGGCAUCGCCGAGGGUCAGGCCGGGACACAAAAAGUCGUCCUCGUCUAUCGCUAUACUACGGUCGCCACCCCAAAGUGCGCCGGAUCCAUCACCCUCGGUGCUUCCGCCCGGCCGAGCGUUAGGCAGCUCUCACACGACGUUCGAGGUGUUGCCAGCUCCGGAGUCGCCGAUCUCGCCUGUGCUACUGCCCCACCGGGAAGCUGCUCUGAAGAGGAGGGAGCUGGUGACUCGGUCGCCAGAGAUCACCAUGUCUGCACCAAGCCCGACCGUGGAGGUGCCUGCACCCCUCGUCGACCUCUCUGACGCACAUCGUCAUCCCCCAUACCGAUCCCCUCCCCCUACCAUCUCUCGCGACCUUUAUCAGCUCUUCGACGAGCCAGUGGCGGAGUCCUCCGCCCAAGCUGCGGCGAGGAUGGAGCAGGAGCAGAUCUUGCGAACAAUCAAGCGGGACAGGCGGGAAUGGGCGGUCGAGGAGGUGCGUGCGGAUGAUCUGGAGGAGGACAGGGCGCCCACACCCUCAGCCAAAGGCAAGCGGAUACCGCCGCCGCCGCCUCCACUUCGGCGCAAUCUCAUCAGCACCACGGUCGGGGCGAAUCUCACCCCUCGCCGCUCCAUCAUUCGGUCUGCAGACUCGCCGGUGACGCCAAGACCGAUUCGGCAGCUGAGUGUCGGAAGCCAGGAUAGACCACCUGCGCUGCCGACUCGGCGGCCAGCACCUCCCCCUCCACAAUUCGGGGAUGCCCAGGAACAGGAGGCACCACCACUCCCGCCUCGCCCCGCCCCAAUCUACCGGCCUUUGAAUGACCGACGCGAGUCGGGCUUUUCAGUAGACACUGGGUCUUCCUUGUCGGACUCUCGGACCACACCCAUCCUCCACUCCACAUCAGCAUCGCCGCGUCGACCUAAGGGUCCGAGGCCGCCUCCACCUCCGCCUAGGUGGGCAAGGAUCAUCAUGCCCCUGAAUGACGUCAAGGCACCGCUUCGGCCGUCGAGCGAACGAUCACAGUCGGAUCGUGCGGGAUCACCGGUCACUCCGGCUCGGAUGGGCAGGCGGUCUACCUCGGAGCAGGACAUGCGUUCCUCAAGCGGGGGAACGCCUGUCAGGAGCCCGAUAGAGUAUACCGAUCUGGAUGUGCUGGUAUCGCGCUUGGAAGGAUCUGGGCGGGAGUACGAGGGCUUUUCCCAAAUCACCGCCUUCCUUGGUCCCGGCAAGUCUCUUGCGGCAACUCCAGAGGCACUUUCCACUCUCCUCCCUGGACUCAUCUCGGUCGAUUCUCGUCGCGUCACUGGUCAGGGCAAAGUCAAGCUCAAGCUCUCUCUACUCGGCGUCCGCGUCACCAAAUGCCCCAUCUGCCUCGGUCAGUUCAAGAAGGACGAGCAGGGUGUGCUUUUGCCCGAGUGCGGACAUGUGUCGCAUGAGGAGUGCGCGACCAAGUGGUUCAGGGAAGACUCCAAACUAGCAAAGACGUCCCCCUACAUUCUCCUUCUCAACCUCCUGCUCGUCCUUCUCGCUACACUAGGCUUCGCUUCGACACUUUACACAACCCCGUUCUUCUUUACCACGAUGCCAUCCGAUCCUGCCGCAAAAACCUCCUCUUCCAGCUCCCGCCCCUCCUCUUCCAGCUCUGCCCCUAAAACAUCCUCGUCCUCAUCGUCCAGCUCAGCACCUAAAACAUCCUCGUCCUCGUCCAGCUCAUCCGCCAAGCCCUCUUCAUCGUCUUCCUCGAAGCCCGCCCCUAACGGGGAUGCCAAGCCACCGCAGCCGACCCCCGUCAUCUCCGCAAACGCAUGGAUGAGCUUCUUCCUCUUUUGCUGCCUCGUACUCAUCAUCCUCCAGGCUCCUCUUGGACUGGGCGGCGCCGGCGGGGCAAGUACCAUAUUCGGUCUGCCCGCUCUUCCCUGGGGAACCGCCGCCGCUCCAUUCGGCGGGAUGACAAUGGGCGGGAUGCCAGGAUGUACGGGCAUGGUUGCGGGGUUGGUACCUUGGUGUCCGGCGCCGAUGACGCCCGGACCAAUGAUGGCUUACGCGCAGCCCAUGCCGGUCGCACAGCCUGUACAGUAUGCUCCCCCGCCCAUCAUCAUCGAGGCGCAGCCCCAGAUACAGCGUCAGCGGGAACAUCAGAUGGGCGGACAAGGGCAAAUCGCAACUGCGGGCGGAGGAGCGGGAUGGAGCUGGUACGCCAACCCCGACGGCAGCAAUGGCGAGUAUCGCCGGGACAGGGACAGUCAGUACAGGCAAGUCCAGUAUCAGCGACCUGGGGUGCAGCUGCAAGUCACCCACGGUCGCCCGUACCCGCAGCAGCCGCAGUAUCAACAGCAAGUGCCCCCUGCCGCGGUCGGCCUAGCCAACCUCGAGAACGCCUUCUAUCCCCUCCUUAUCGGCGCCAUAGCCUUAUUGGUGAUAUUCGACUAUGCCUCGUAG